GGAGGCGAGGUGACGGAAGCCAUUACACGGGAGGCGACGGAGCACAGAGGCGAGCGAGCGGGCGGCUUUGAGGCUUUUUCCCCUCACGCCACAAACAUGUCCAACGCGGUCACGCGACGGAACGGUGCCACCAAGCUUCGACUGACGGUGCUCUGUGCCAAGAACUUGGCCAAGAAAGAUUUCUUCAGGCUGCCGGAUCCGUUCGCCAAGAUCAUGGUGGAGGGCUCGGGCGAGUGCCACUCCACCGACACCGUGAGGAACACUCUGGACCCCAAGUGGAACCAGCACUAUGACCUGUACAUCAGCAAGUCCGACUCCAUCACCAUCAGCGUGUGGAACCGCAAGAAGAUCCACAAGAAGCAGGGCGCCGGCUUCCUGGGCUGCGUGCGUCUGCUCUCCAACCUCAUCUCUCGCAUCAAGGACACGGGAUAUCAGCGCCUGGACCUCUGCAGACUCGGCCAAAGCAGCAACGACACCGUCAGGGGACAGAUCGUCUUGAGCUUGCAGUCGCGCGAUCGCAUCGGCACUGGUGGAGCAGUGGUCGACUGCCGGGGCCUGUUCCCCAACGACCUGCCUGAGGGGUGGGAGGAGCGGAGGUCGACCAUGGGACGCACACAGUACGUUAACCACGUCACGCGGACCGCACAGUGGGAGAGACCAACCAGGCCGGCGGCCGAGUGCGGCGGACCAGGCUGCGUUGCUCCGGGCCAGGAGGGGACGCCGCUGCGCGCCGGGCAGGGCGCCGACGGUCGCGCCACCACCGCCGGGGAGCCGGCGGCGGCGCCGGCGGCGCCCGGCUCCCCGGAGCUGGGAGCGCGCUCGCAGAGGCACCGCAACUUCCUGAGCCGCACGCACCUCCACCAGCCACCAGAUCUGCCCGAGGGCUACGAACAACGAACGACCCAGCAGGGACAAAUUUACUUCCUCCACACACAGACCGGGGUCAGCACGUGGCACGACCCUCGCGUUCCCAGGGACCUGUCGCACGUGAACUGCGAGGACCUGGGCCCUCUGCCCGCCGGCUGGGAGACACGCAGCACCGCCACGGGACGCGUCUAUUUCGUCGACCACAACAACCGCACCACACAGUUCACCGACCCGCGCCUCUCCGCCAACCUGCACCACCUUCUCAAAAACCGACAGACGCAACAGGGCCCGUGCCCCCCGGGUCUCCCUCCGGGCCCGCCGCCACCCCCUGCGGACGAGGAGUGCCCCGUGCCCCGCUACAAACGCGACCUCGUGCAGAAGCUCAAGUGCCUACGGCAAGAGCUGGCGCUGCAGCAGUCGCAGGCUGGGCACUGUCGGCUCGAGGUUUCCCGCACGGAGAUCUUUGAGGAGUCGUACCGACAGGUGAUGAAGAUGAGGCCCCGCGACCUCAAGAAGCGGCUCAUGGUGAAGUUCCGUGGCGAGGAGGGGCUGGACUACGGCGGCGUCGCCAGGGAGUGGCUGUACCUGCUGUCCCACGAGAUGCUCAACCCGUACUACGGGCUCUUCCAGUACUCACGCGACGACAUCUACACACUGCAGAUAAACCCCGACUCGGCCAUCAACCCCGAGCACCUCUCCUACUUUCACUUUGUGGGACGGAUCAUGGGCAUGGCGGUGUUCCACGGACACUACAUCGACGGUGGAUUCACGCUGCCCUUCUACAAGCAGCUGCUGGGCAAGCCUAUCACGCUGGCCGACAUGGAGACGGUGGACCCUGAACUCCACAAGUCACUCGUCUGGAUCCUGGAGAACGACAUCACGGGCGUGCUGGAGAACACGUUCUGUGUGGAACACGAGGCGUUUGGCCAGCUGGUGCAGCACGAGCUCAAGCCCAACGGCAAGAACCUCCCCGUGAUCGAGGCCAACAAGCGGGAGUAUGUCAGGCUGUACGUGAGCUGGCGAUUCCUGCGAGGGAUCGAGGCCCAGUUCCUGGCCCUGCAGAAAGGCUUCAACGAGCUCAUUCCUCAGCCACUGCUCAAAUCCUUUGACGAGAAAGAGCUGGAGUUGAUCAUCGGCGGGCUUGGCAAGAUCGACGUGAGUGACUGGAAGUCUAACACGCGGCUCAAGCACUGCACGCCCGAGAGCAGCGUGGUGCGGUGGUUCUGGCGCGCCGUGGAGUCCUUCGACGAGGAGAGGAGGGCGCGACUCCUGCAGUUCGUCACCGGCUCGUCGCGCGUGCCCCUGCAGGGGUUCAAGGCUCUGCAAGGCGCAGCAGGGCCCAGGCUGUUCACGAUCCACCUGAUUGACGCCAAGACGGACAACCUUCCCAAAGCUCACACCUGCUUCAACCGAAUCGACAUCCCGCCGUACGAGACGUACGAGAAGCUGUACGAGAAGCUCCUGACGGCCGUGGAGGAGACGUGCGGAUUCGCUGUCGAGUGACGGACGUCCGUCGGCUGACUGCGCACGCACGCACGUAACUCGCGCAAACGCACCGUACCCGCGCUGUACGCACUCGAAGCGCACCCACGUGGGGCGACGGUGACCAGGCCAGCAGCCAGGUCGCUCCCCACGCUCCCCGAGCCCGUAAGGAAGGGGGACCGUGUUGGGGAAACGCGACUGUGUGAAACACCACCACCGGGACUUUGUGAUGUGGGUCAAGUGGGCUCCCCCCCCUCCCCCCCGAGGUCUAUCCCUAGGGCUGCCCGUCCGCCCAAUUUGCACCUGUUAGUGGAGUUAAACUGCAUUCUACACGCCGCCUGUAUUGCAGCAAACGAUAGCGUACCGUCCUCGGACCACAGAAACGGAAUGCGUGACACUCCCACUAUACUGUACAGUGUUCAGUUGCAAAAAAGUAAUUUUUAAGGAAUUUAACUUUUAAGUUUAAUUGUCGUUUACGGUCGACGUUCAUGGUUCUGGUUUCGUAUAAACGCUUCGUCAGAGACCAUUACCUUUUUCCUCGCUUGUGAAAACAGCUGCUUUGUGGCAUUUCCAAAGGACAGCCAUGCACAGAUAAUAACUUUUUUUUGUCUUCUGUUACUAACGUAUGGAAGACGGUGUAUUGUUACUAAAAAAAAGAAAACUUCCUUCGUGUCAGUGUUAGUGGCAGAACAUGUUGCAACUUAUGAGGCUUAAUAACUCGUGCUUAAGCCAAAGGUUUGUUAUGUUCUGGACAGGGUAUUUGUACAGCGAGAGAAGACCCCCCCCCCCCCCCAACUUUGUUGAAAGCGUCGGUCGGAUAAAGCAUCUAUUGCGUCCUUGCUAAUAUUAGCGCCCCCCUUUGAACGCACAGCGGCCCUGCAGACCACCCAGUUUGCGGUGUGCGCGUUUCCAUGACCGAUCCUCGAAUAGACGCGUGCAUUUUCAGUUACGCGCAAAACAGUCGUCAAGAAUCGUGAAUGCAAACGCUUAUUUACUUGUACAGUUUUAAUUUGUUUUACUUUACCCCUGGAGCUCUUUGAAGCGUUUUCUUUGUUAUUAUUUCCCCCCCUCCCUCCCCGUUUGAACCUCUGGACGAAGCUUGAAAGAUUUGGCCUCGGCCGUCAAUAUUGUAAUAUUAAGACAGCUUCAGAUGUUUAAAAGUGAGCGGCCACCUUUUUGGACAGGUGCUGUUGGGUUUUUUUUGUUUUGUUUUGGAUGAUGUAAUGACUCUGUAGCAGUGUUCCUUUAACUUCAGCUUGCCUUGUGUUUUUGCCCGUAGUCAAAUCAGGCGAGCCCUUUGCUAGAGAACGGUUAUAUUUACAAUCAUGCACAUAUUCUAUAGUUACGUAACCCAUAUGAAACUAAUUUAAGAAUUAAUAAACAAAGUGCUUUUUUUCUUCCCUGACUUUUUAUAACAAUAUUUAUGAUAGAGUAAUCUGUUGCGCUGACUUUUACGGUGGCCUGAUCAUAGCAUUUUCUAUAUUUGUAACAAGCAAGAGCAUUAAACUAUAGUACAGUAAUAUGAUUUGUAAAGCUUGAAUUGUAUUAGUUUUGACUUGAAUGUUUUUCCAUAACUUUUUUUAAAGUUUCAAAAAUAAAUAUAUUUAUACUGUAUACCA